UGUCGGGAAUUUCCGUCAUAAUAUCACAUGCGCAAUAGUGCUUUGUUCUUGUAGGCCUUCUCGUGCUGGAAAAAAGCAAGGCAGACGCAGAAAAUGUCACGCUACUCGAGACCACCGAAUACAUCACUUUACGUGAGAAAUGUUUCAGAUGGAACUAGACAAGAUGAGUUGCGAAGUUUGUUUGGCAAAUAUGGACCCAUAAGUGAUGUUUAUGUCCCUGUGGAUUAUUACACAAGAAGACCCCGAGGAUUCGCAUACAUACAAUUUGAGGAUCCCAGAGAUGCUGAUGAUGCGUUGUACCAUCUGGACAGAACACGCUUCUAUGGCAGAGAGCUUGAGAUUGAGUUUGCCAGAGGUGACAGAAAAACUGCUGGACAGAUGAGAGGCAAAGAAAGAACACGCCGUUCACCAUUUGGAGGUCAUGGGUAUGAUGAAUACGACCGGGGAGAUCGUGGUGGCCGCCGUCGCAGGUCCCGAUCACGGAGUCCAAGGAGAUCCCGAACAAGAUCACCAAGGCGAAGGAGAUCCUACAGCAGAUCAAGGAGCAGGUCAUAUGACAGAAAAAGAAGCAUGUCUCCCAAGCGACGGUGAGCAUUAUUCCAGAUCCCGAUCCUUCAGUCGCUCCCCAUCAAGAGGCAAGUCGCCCGGUGGUCGCAGUCGAAGCAGAUCGGGGGAUAAGUGAUUCCCUUGUCCUGGAUCAACGUAUCAUAUCUGAUAAUUAUGUGAAGAGUGAGCUCGAACAUGUCAGCAGCAUCUUGUGACAGUGUUGUCUCAUUUCAUCUGUAUAUAUCUCAGUGUCCAAUCAUGUGUUCGUCUCGCUACAUCACCACAGCUGUUGAACUGAACAAGGAGACUGUCACCCGAAAGCGGUUUUCUACUUGAACAAUGCAAGCAGUGCACAACUGUUGCCAUUUUAUGUUCUUAAAAGUAUUUUAAUCCUGUAAUAAAUGAUAAUGUUGCUAGUA